ACUCAACGAUGCCUUUUGUGGCUAAACGAUGCGGUGUUCAAUUCAGCCCACCAUCAAUCGUUUUAAUUUAUGAAAGUAAUGUUCAGGAUACAAACAAGAUCCGAAAAAGAAUCAUACCUGUGAGGAACUUCUCGAACUGUUCAGACUGCUGCAUGGCUGCGGAGAGAAUGAAGCACCAUAUUCGGCAUAGGGCAUACCUGGAGAGUGUUUCAUUGGGGCAACUGGAGAGGCUUCAUAUAGUGCUGCGGGAUCACAUGCAGGGCCACAGCCUGGAGCACACUCUAGCCUCCCUCCGCCUGGACCCCGAGGAGGACCUCAACAAGCUGGAUGAUGAGGAGCUUGCGCGCAAGAAGGUCCAAAUGGACAAACUCUUUGAGCGUAACCGAAGGCGGAAAGAUGACCCUGACUUUGUCUAUGACCUGGAGGUGGAAUUUAAAGGGGAGGUUGCUCGGGAACCAUGCAGCUGGGAUGAAGAGGAGUCUGAUGAUGGGUUUUAAAAGAACACAGAUCAGACUGGGAGUGUUUCAGUUUGUCAACAAAGCACCCUACCUGAUCUUUAGUGACUGAAUAAUACUCAUUCCUUUGCACAGGGCAGUUGUUAUUCAAGCCCUUUGCUCAAUUAAGCGAUCAACAACAACCAUAUCCAACUGGACAUGGAUAAAAAUACACAUUUAAACUAAUAUCCUUACAGAUGCUAUUGAAAUAUUGAGUAGUUGUACAUGUUUAUUGAUAUGAAACUUACAUUUACAAAAUCCAAAUACUUUGUCUCCUUGA